AUGACAACAGAAGACAAUAAAGAAAAUAAUAUUGAUACUAAUUUAUCUGCUGCUGGUAAAGAAGAAACUAAAUCAAAACAAAAACAACAACAACAACAACAACAACAGGAAGUAGUGGAAGAAGAGGAAGAAGCUAAUUCAACUACUGUUUCAAUCAAAUUAAAUAAAGAUAAAAUAAAUACUAGUACUCAUUCUCCAUCUAUAAGUUCAUUAUCAUCUAUGGAAUCCACUGAAAAUUUAAUCAAAGAUUUAUCAAAGACAAAUUUACAUGAAGAUGAAGAAAACAAAUUAACAACAGAUACCCCGGGUAACAAGACUUCAUCAACAAAAGAAUUAAAUAUCGAUACUAAACAAAUUUUAACAGAAUCUAGAACAACCAAUAAAUCCACUACCAAUUCACCUAAAAUACCUCAAUCCGUCUACUCAAAAACUAAUUUCUAUAACGAUUUAAUUGAAAAAUCACAAUCAGAAAUUGAUAAAGAGAAAUUAAAAUCAUCAAAUCAAUUACCCAAAAAACCAAUAAAAUUUACAGUACGUAAAGUAUCUCACGAACCAAUAAAAUCACCAACUCAAUCACCGACAAUAGAAAGUUAUACUUCAUCUUCAUCAAAUUCACCAAACACAUCAACAAGUCAUUCUCAUCAUCAUUCUAGUCAUCAUUAUGGACAUUCACGGGAUGGUUCUUCUUCAUCUAAAAUUAGAAUAUCAUCUUCUGAUUUAAAAGAUAAUCCAGAAUUAAAAGAACGCCUCAAAUUAAAUCAUAUUCAAAGAAAAUAUGAUUCUUAUGAGCAUAGAAUUGUUAAAAUUCAAAAAGAAAUUGAAUUUUUAAUGGGAUUAUUACCUCCUUAUAAUGUUGAAACUGAUUAUAAUACAAGAGUUAAAAUAAAUAGAGCUAUAGAUAAAUUAAAGAUGAAACAAGAUGAAAUUGAGAAAAAGAAAUAUAGUUUGGGGAUUACUUUGAGUAGAUUAUGGAGAAAUCAUGAAGGUAGUGAUAUAUGGGUUAAAAAAUUUGAUCAAAAAUGA